AUGUUGGGUGCUAGGUUCACAUCGGUGAGUACCGAGGCGAGAUCCAAAUCCAAACCGCCGCCGCUGCCGUCGCCACCACCGCCGCCGCCGCCGCCUGCGGCUGACACGCGAUUACACCUCCCCUUUUCCCCUCUGAAACUCGUCGAGAGUAGAAUUUCCUGCAUCCCGUACGUGCCGAUCGCCUCGUCAGGAUAUUUUUCACUUUCUAAUUUAUGUUUCUUUUUCUCUUUUGUCUAUAUAGCGAAGGAGCUCAAAGUAUGCGGCAGCGUGAGGAGCGGUGGCGAGGUAUGCUGCUCGGCCGACAUGGAGGUGAGAUUGCAGGCGCGAGCACGCGACAAACACGAGAAGUUCACCAAAGAAAGUCUCUAUAAAACGCAUCAGCUCCUGCAAGUGCGGGCAGAGAAGUUCCAUGAAUUUUUCAAGACUCUACUGAAUGUCAGCAAACGAGGUUUUCACGAGAUGUUCAAGAAGACCUACGGUAUCCUUUACGAGCAGAACGCGUACGUCUUCACGGACUUUUUUCAGGAGCUGGAGAAUUAUUUCUUGAAGGGAACGGUGGACCUCAAUGACGCUAUGGAUAAUUUCUUCAAUACUCUUUACCAGAAAAUGUUUACCGUGCUCAACAGUCAGUACAACUUCGACAAUAAGUAUCUGGAAUGCGUGGGCGAACACAUGAAGGAGAUGCGGCCGUUCGGGGACGUGCCGCAGAAAUUAGGCGUGCAAAUUAAACGAUCGUUCGUGGCCACGAGGGCAUUUAGCCAGGCCUUGACCGUCUCUUCGAACGUGCUGAAAAAUAUGCAAUCGCUGAGCAAGCCGUCGGCGGAUUGCGCAGCUGCCUUGACCAGGAUGACAGCCUGUCCGGCCUGCAGCGGUAUAUCGGACAAAGUGCUGGCGUGCGGCGAUAUGUGUGCCAACGUGAUGAAGGGUUGCUUGGCGCAGUACGCGGCACUCGACACUGACUGGAAUCAUUUCGUCGAGGCCGUGGACAAGAUCGCCGAUCGAUUGCUCGGACCGUUCAAUAUCGAGGUGCUGGUGCGUCCGAUAAACCUGAAGAUCUCCGAAGCGAUCAUGAAUUUCCAGGAGAGCAGCCAGGACGUGUCGCAGCGCGUGUUCACCGGUUGCGGCCGGCCGAUGCUGGGUAGACGUAGACGCAGGGACAAUCGCGAGCUGGAGCUGGAGUCCUUAAACUUUGAUCAGGAACCGCCACCGGGGGAACGGCCAACCAACGAAAAGACACUGGAGAAGCUGGUAAAAGAAAUACGUCAGCGAUUGCGCGAUCUCAGACAAUUCUGGAUCUACAUGCCAUACCGGAUGUGCAACGAGGGUAGUCUGGUUGUGCCACCUAGCAAUACGAAGGAAUGUUGGAACGGCACACACGUAGACAAGUACAUAUACCCGGUGUCGUCCGACGGCGAGUCUCAGAUGAUGAAUCCGGAGGUGCGCAGUUUAGGAUCAUCAAGACCGACUGUUGUGAGGGAUCAGAUUUUCGCGCUCACCACCAUCACGAACAGGUUGAAAUUGGCGUUCAACGGACAGGACGUUGAUUGGAUCGACACUGACGAAACGUGGUACGGUUCCGGCAGCGGGUCGGGUGACGGUUCGUUCACCGACGACGAGGACGGCUUCAAGGAGGGCUCCGGCUACGAGGGACCACGCACGGAAUCGGAACCGGAACCGCCGAAGCAACCGCCGCCAUCGGUCGUCCACGAGGUCGAGACGCCGCCGCGGGUGGACAUCGAGCCGCACAAGGGCGCGGGUAUAAGUAACACGGGUACGAGCAGCAACCAGACCAUUUCCGCGAACGGCGGAGAGGACAGCAGGCCGCAGAUGUCGCUGUUCAGGGCGCUGACGACGUACUUAAUGCCGAUAGUCGUGAUGUGGUUCGGCGGUUGCUUCAACGACUUGCUGUGAUCGUGUGGACUUUGUGACUAUGAACGUAGCGUUGUGUAAAUAUUACCCGAUUGCGAAGCCGCUAUCCUGAUAGCGACGUGCGAGGGAGGGUGGAGUCCGUCGCUCGACGGACUCGGAUCGCAUUAAUCGCGCGUCGGAUCAUCUCGCGAAGAUGCUUCCAAGAAAUUGACGUUUUCGUAAACGGAGCGGUCUAUUCCUCAGAUCCUCGAACGCUUCCAGCACUCGCCAAAUCGAUUGCGUGCAUUAAAUCGAUUUAGCGAAGUACCGAAGUCGCGUUAGUCGAUCAAUUUAGCGAGAACAUGGAUACUCGUGGCCAUAGCUAUACUCCGAUCUUGCCAUAACUUGGCAAGAGAGGAAGAAAUCGUGCGAGAGAUUCGUUCAUCCACGAAUGCUGUUUGAAUGAGAGACUGUAGAACGCGGAACGAUCGUUUCACUGUUGUACAACAAUAGCAGCAGCUCUCGUCCCGGAAACAGACAGAAAAGACGCUCGAAUCGUCUUUCGACCGUAGUUUAGAACUAAGAAAAUGAUUCCACGACCGCCGAGCUGAACUUCAUAUUGAAUAUCUGAGAGCGAUUUCACUUCCCUUCUCCACUUUGCUCUCUCGAGAUGAAUCACGCCAGGUGUAUUCUUCCACCGCUCGUGACAUGCGUGGCCAUUUCGCAGGGGAAUUUCCUUACGAAGUACACAAGCGUACUCCGCGUACCCUUCUAAACACGAACGCGAGAUAACUUUCGAGAUUUCUACUUCCGAAAGACGUCUCGGGAGGGAAUUUUUACGGUUGGAUAGAUAUUACAAGUGUAAUGCCGUGUUGUACGCUGUUACAGAUCACUGCGUCAUUUAAGGACCUUUCCGAAUAGAUGUACCGUUAACGUUAUAUCAAACUCUUACUGCCAAUUGUCGAGAUUGAAAUUUCUACUUAAGUAGAUUACCGGUAGUGGGAUAACAACGCGAUUAUAAUCUUAUAAUCAGUAUAAGUCUUAUAUCAAUUAUAAUCUGGACCGAAUCUUUCCGAAUUUUAGAUACGCGUUCGAGCUUAUUCUACUGCCGUUUGGAAAUACGAAUUUGAAACAGGUAAAUUAUCGCGAUCAAAUACGCUAUGUCGCGACGGAAAGAUGACUCGUGCCAGUCGAGUUGAAAUUUUUCCGAACUUUAAACGCAUUCUCUUGUAAGAUUAUUACUGCCAACUCUAAGGAUACCCGAAAACUUUCUCGUCCUUUCUAUGUGAAUAUCUAAUGCAAUAUCGCAAAGUUAUCCUUGUUAAUCCGUAUUUUUUUUUUCUUGGCACGCAUCGUUUGAUAAGCGGCCGAAGAUGUGAUCAUCGAUCAGACGAUCAACGGCGCGAUUGCCGCAUUGCGUGCCGGUAAUAGCUCGGUGAGUGAUUAAGAAGCAAUGUGACUCGUACGUCGAUUGUGCAUCGCGGCGAUUUUGUUAUGUGCAAAUCCGAAACGAUCAUGCGAAAAGAAAGAGAGAGAGAGAGAGAGAGAGAGAGAGAGAGAGAGAGAGAGACGUUAAUUAAAUACACCCGAAAUACGUAAGAUGGGCCGAACGGAGUAUACGAGUGGAAGCGGGACUAAGUAUUUAUUAAGUGUUCAUCAUGAGAGCGACCAUCUUGGGAUCUCUAAUUCAUGAAUCCCGGAUGCGCGCGGCAGGAGGCACGAACAAUCAGGAUCCUUGUCCCCGUGACGUUUCACUGUCGCGGAUUGGAUUUGCAGAUAAGCCGCAGCCCCGUACGUACGUCGCGUUAAUUAAAAUCGAAGAUUUUAGCAUGUAACUGCACAUUGAGCGUCAAAUACAUUUUACGCGUCAAACGCGUCAUUCUACUGACCGUCAUUUUAUAUUAUUCAUUUUUUGAUAGUCGUCAGAACAGAAGCUGCGAAGGGAUCACGAAGUACGGGAUCAGUGAUUCCGUGAUUCCGGACAAGGAUUCCACUUGGCUCAUGUUAUACGCGGGAUUUAUUAACGAAGACCAGCGUGCACGCCGCUCGGUUUCGUCGGUCGCGAAUACGAUCCCUUUGGUGCGACCUGUAACGCGAUACAAUCAAAUGGAAAUAGCAAUUAACGCGAUAGUAAUGGCCUGCGCGCGAGCACCGGAGGGAGUUACGUUAUCGCGAAACCGAGCCGUGGCACUGCAACAUUAAUCUACGAUAGAAUUAAUAGCAUGGAAGAGACGCUGGAUGAACGUUCGUUACGAACGUGAGGUGUAAAUAAAGGAUAGCGGCGAUAAGGAUAAGAAGGGAGUGUGAUAAGAAUGCGACGUGACGCUUACGGUUUCGGCGUUAAAAAUGAAGUAUAUGUGUAUGUGUCAGAGACUUUAUACGACGUAAGAGAGGAAUUGUGUGUGGAAAGACGACUGUCGGAAGUACAGUUACAAAAGGAACAGAAUCGGUUGGUUCUCCAAUUACGUGGAUUCCGUGUUUUGUCGAGCGUUAUGAGUCAUCGAACGAAAUAAUGGUACAAGUCAGUGAUAUAACGGAUUAAUCUUUUUUUUUAUUCUUUUUAAUCAGACGACUUUUCUUCGUCUUAGAUUGUUUUCUAAUUUAAUCAAAUAAAUGAAAGAAAUAUAUUAGGCUCGCUGAAAUAGCUAAUUUCGGUAUGUAAAGUUUGUAAUCCAUUGUCUUUACGUGAAAGGAGUUUUCGU